GCGGCCCUGGCGGCAGCUGGCGGCGUAAUAGUGCGGCUGGUGGGCUUGGAGAAGUUCCGAGGCGGCGGUGGCGGCGCCGGCGACGACGACCAGAGCAGGAGCGGGCCCUGGGCUUGGCGCUCACCAUGCCGACGGUGGAGGAGCUUUACCGCAACUAUGGCAUUCUAGCGGAUGCCACGGAGCAAGUGGGGCAGCAUAAAGAUGCCUAUCAAGUAAUACUGGAUGGUGUGAAAGGUGGUACUAAGGAAAAACGACUAGCAGCUCAGUUUAUCCCAAAGUUCUUUAAGCAUUUUCCAGAACUGGCUGAUUCUGCUAUCAAUGCACAGUUAGACCUCUGUGAAGAUGAAGAUGUAUCUAUUCGACGACAAGCAAUUAAAGAGCUGCCUCAGUUUGCUACUGGAGAAAAUCUUCCCCGGGUGGCGGACAUACUAACCCAGCUUUUGCAGACAGAUGACUCUGCAGAAUUUAACUUAGUGAAUAAUGCCCUAUUAAGUAUAUUUAAGAUGGAUGCAAAAGGGACUUUAGGGGGCUUAUUCAGCCAAAUACUUCAAGGAGAGGACAUUGUUAGAGAAAGAGCAAUUAAAUUCCUUUCUACAAAACUUAAGACUUUACCAGAUGAAGUCUUAACAAAGGAAGUGGAGGAGCUUAUACUAACUGAAUCCAAAAAGGUCUUAGAAGAUGUGACUGGUGAAGAAUUUGUUCUGUUCAUGAAGAUAUUAUCUGGGUUAAAGAGCCUACAGACAGUGAGUGGAAGACAGCAACUUGUAGAGUUGGUUGCCGAACAGGCUGACCUAGAACAGACCUUCAAUCCCUCGGAUCCAGACUGCGUGGACAGGCUCUUACAGUGCACCCGGCAGGCAGUGCCCCUCUUCUCUAAAAAUGUUCAUUCUACAAGGUUUGUGACUUACUUCUGUGAGCAGGUUCUCCCUAACCUCAGUACCCUAACUACUCCAGUGGAAGGUCUUGAUAUACAAUUGGAGGUAUUGAAAUUGUUGGCGGAGAUGAGUUCAUUUUGUGGUGACAUGGAGAAGCUAGAAACAAAUUUAAGGAAGCUAUUUGAUAAGUUAUUGGAAUACAUGCCUCUCCCUCCAGAAGAAGCUGAAAACGGGGAGAAUGCUGGUAAUGAAGAGCCCAAGCUGCAGUUUAGUUAUGUCGAGUGCUUAUUGUACAGUUUUCAUCAGUUGGGCAGAAAACUUCCAGAUUUCUUAACAGCCAAACUGAAUGCAGAAAAGCUCAAAGAUUUCAAAAUCAGGCUGCAGUACUUUGCGCGAGGCCUGCAAGUUUAUAUCAGACAACUCCGCCUGGCUCUCCAGGGAAAAACGGGCGAUGCCUUGAAAACAGAAGAGAAUAAGAUUAAAGUCGUGGCAUUAAAAAUAACAAACAAUAUCAAUGUUUUAAUCAAGGAUCUUUUCCAUAUUCCACCUUCCUAUAAGAGUACAGUAACAUUAUCCUGGAAACCUGUACAGAAGGUUGAGAUUGGGCAGAAGAGAGCCAGUGAAGAUACAACUUCAGGUUCACCACCCAAGAAGUCUCCAGCAGGACCAAAAAGGGAUGCCAGACAGAUCUAUAAUCCUCCCAGUGGGAAAUACAGCAGCAAUUUGAGCAAUUUUAAUUAUGAGCAGAGAGGAGCCUUCAGGGGAAGUAGAGGUGGCCGAGGUUGGGGAGCACGAGGAAAUCGUAGUCGGGGAAGACUCUACUGAAAAAGACAUCACAUUCUUCAACAUUGUCAUGAGCAUAAUAUACUUAAAUUCUACUACUUAUUGGAUUGCCGGGGAUGUCCCUUUAAAAGGACUGCUGCCUUCAGCUAAAAACAAUGUUCUUUAUAUACCUUUGUAUGUAUGAUCUACUUUUGUAAUAGACCAUGAUUGUGUCCAAGGUAAAACCACAGCGAUAUUUUUGGAUGCUUUGUCCGCAAUCUUGAAUUGUUUUUGCAAUAUCAUCAUUAUUCAAACUUCAUAUUGUGAAUCUUUUACUUUUAAACAUCUUGAUAAUUUGUUAUUGAGAGCUGUUCAACUCUAAAAUGUAAUGAAAUUCAGUCUAGUUCUGAUAUCUUGUAAAGAUCAUCAGUUUUGAUGAUUUUCCUCUUCCCUGUUAGUUUUUUGGCCAAUAUAUGGAGAAAAGUAACCAUCAAUCUUAACAUUUUAUUUUCAUUAUUUUUAAUAAGCUGCCAAGCCAGUGGUGCAGCAUUCCUACCUAGUGUCAUAAAAGUGGAAUACUUACCAGCUUUCUUAAAAUGUAGAAAUGACUUUACAUUUUUUGGGAGGAAGUAAGUUGCUUUGCAUUGCUUACUUAACUCUUCUCCAUAUAUUGUGAUACAAACUUUUGAAUAUGGAGUCUUACUAUUUGAAUAGAAAUGUGUAUGUAUAAUAUACAUGCACAAGCAUAUACAUAUGUGUGUAUGUGUGUAUAUAUAUAUAUGCAUAUAUAUAUAUAUGCAUGCUGUGAAACUUGACUAUACAACCUAAAUCAUUUUUUUAAAAUUCCAGGAACGGGUAGUCUUUGACACAGUGAUUAUCCUUUUGAGGCUGAAUCCAUUAUUGACUUGUUAUCUAGGUUUUUACUCCCAGUAGUGAGUCAGUUGCACUUACGUGAUUAUUGUUAUUUAAAACUACAAAUAAACAAAGGCUGCAUUUUCAAAGACAAAUGUUGAGAUCCUUGUUGGUGAAAUACAGCCAAAAUAUUGAAUCUGAUGUACAUAUAAGUUUCUACAGGAUAAGAUAGUAGUGUAAUUUAGAAUUUGGAGAUUUAAUAACCAGGGCUACCCAAGAAAAGUGACUUGAUAACAUAGUACCAGUAAGUAAGGGAUGUUCUCUCAGUUUGCUUUUGCCACUUUCAAGAUUUUAACUUCUCAGGUUAUUAAUCAAAAUUAUUGUAUAAGUUAGCCAAUAGAAUCUUUAGGUUAAAACAACCGAUGGGAGGUUUGUGGAGUGUUUAAUGUCAUGGGCAUUUUUGAUAGCAUAGAUCCUUUGCUCUCCAUUUGAAUGUUUCAUAUGUUUUUGUUCCAGUUAAUCUUCCCUCCCCAAGUUUGCUAUUCAGGUCAGAUUGCCUGAAUGACACUUCUAGGAGUUUGAUGUAUUUUUUGAGGAAUUAGUUUGUGAUUCCACUGCAGGUGUCUUCACUACCAUUAUUUCUACACUGGGGGAAAAGCAAAGCCCCUUUGUUUGAAUUACUAUACAUGUUUAUGGGGAAAAUAUUUCUCAAAGACUAGAAUGAUACAAAUGGGCAAAAGAAGUUGGUCAGCUUGGCUAUGGAGUGGUGGCAAUAAUCUCUAAACAUUCCAAAUGAUUCUAAGCUGAACCUAAGCUCCCUAGGAAUCUGAACAUAGGAACAAGGAACUGUCAUUUGAAAACUGUGACCAGCUUGUCUGGACCUCAGAAAUAGAGCAGCAAGUGGCCUAAAGCCAUUUCUAGUACAGAAACUAUUGGGACUACAACUAUAUAAAUUUGAACAUGUAAUUUUUCCUUUUUUUUUUUUUUAAAGCAUAUUUGUAAACUCAAAGCUGAGCAGAAGUGAUUUUACUUUCUCCAGUUGAAUAUUAUGUUGACUGCAUUUCUUCCCUACCACUUUGUGGGUCCCCUUUCCCUUUCUAAGGCAAUAGUGUAAAACUUAGGUUAUUUUUGCUUCCAAAAUUUGAAUGGAGAUUUCAUGCCAUGGAUUUCUUUUUCUUUUGCAAGGCACCUGUAUGUCACUUUGUUCAAAUGUAAAUGUUCCCUUAUGCUUUUGAAAUAAAUUUCCUUUUGUAAUUUU